AUGUUAGCUAAAGUUAAAAAUAUCACAAAAUCAAAAGUAGUAAAGAAAACUAGCCCAAAACUGACCGAGAAAGAUUGUCACGAUGCAAUAGAAGAUGCACUAAAAGAACUUGCUAAUACUGAUAAUCUUAAUGUAAAUGCUGCUGCUGCAAAGUUUGGAAUUUCAGAGACAACACUUAGGCGUGCAGUAAAAAAUAGUUAUCACAACCAUCAUGGUCCCACAACAAUCCUGAGUAGCUAUGAGAAGGAGCAACUUGUAGGCUAUUGUAAGAACAUGCAGAGAUUAGGUUUUGGCUUGACGAAGUCAGGUGUAAACCAUUGUGUGAUGGAAAUUUUAAAGAAUAAUAAACGUAACCAUCCUUUUAACAAUAAAGGACUCAGUAGAACUUGGUGGGAUCGAUUUAUGAAGGACCAUUCUGACUUAUCUUUUAGGAUGCCUCAAGCUUUAUCAGAAGCUUGUGCUCAAAGAGCCAAUCCAGUAAUAAUUAAUGAUCAUUUUAAAAAAUUAAAAAAGAUCAUUCAGGAGUAUUUGCUUAUCCCAGACUGCAUCUGGAAUAUGAAUGAGACUGGUUUUGUUAUUUCUCCCAAAAUUCAAAAGGUUCUCACCAUAAAAGGUGCUCGCCAAGUUUAUAAGGUCUCACACAGGAACAUACACGACUAUAUAUCUGUUGUUCCAAUGAUUUCAGCUGCAGGUGAUUAUAUACCUCCAUUAAUCAUCUAUAAAGAUAUCUGUACAAUUUCAGGUUUAUUAGCUGGAGCCCCUUCUGGUAGUGUAAUAGGCUUUACUGAUUCUGGAUAUAUGCGAGAAGACCUUUUCCAAAUGUAUAUCGAGCACUUCAUCAGUUUAAUUUUGUCUGCUCGCCCAGUCCUAUUAAUGCUUGAUGGCCACAAAAGCCAUGUAAAUUAUACAAGCGUUAAAUUUUGUUAUGAUAAUGAGGUUUUACUCUAUGCACUUCCUUCCCACACCACACAUAUGCUUCAACCAUCUGAAAUUCCCUUCACCAAGCUCAAAAAUGAAUAUAGCAAUAGUUGUGACAAGCUUCACAAUGAUAAAGGUGAAGUGGUUACCAAGCAUACAUUCGCUAGUAUUCUUGAACCAGCAUUUGCCACAACCUAUACCUUUGAGGCAAUUACUAAUUCCUUUAGAGUUACAGGAAUUUGGCCUUUUAACCCUAACGUGAUCAGUUUGGACCAUCUUGAUCCUUCUUUAACAACCGAGCAACCUGAUUUAUUACCUUCAUUUCAGCCCAUUCAACCAACUGAGGAAGAAACACCAAUGCUAGCAAUUGUAUUCUCACUUCGACCAACCCAAAAAUACUCUACUCGAGCUGCCACUGUUCAAGAAUUAAAAUUGUUGAAAGAAGAAAUUAAUUCUCUUAAGAAUGAGGUAGAAUCAUUAAAAAAAGAAAAUGAAUCAAUAAAAAAAGAUUUAACCUCAGUAAAAAAAGAGCUGGAAAUGUAUAAAAGGCCUGAAUUAGAAAAGAUGGAAGAAUUAGCUAGAAGUAAAGCUAAAAAUGCAAAGAAAAAAAAGGAGGCUGCUGCAGAGAAGUGA